AUGCCCAACCUGACCUCCACAGCUGAAUUUCUGCUCCUGGAAUUUUCAGACAUCUGAGAAGUACAGCUCUUGUACUCCUUCAUAUUCCUCACAGUAUACCUGACUGCAAUGACUGGUAACCUUCUCAUCAUCCUCGCCGUAGCCCUGGAUCGCCAUCUGCACACACCCAUGUACUUCUUUCUCAUGAAUUUGGCCAUUAUGGACCUGGGAUUAAUUUCAGUCACGUUACUCAAAACUAUAGCCAAUUCCCUCCUGAACAGCAGGUCAAUUUCUUAUUUGGGGUGUGUCGCUCAAGUGUUCUGCCUUUUCCUGUUCGUAGGAGCAGAUUUUGCCAUUCUAACAGUAAUGGCACACGAUCGUCACAUUGCGAUCUGCAAUCCGUUGCAAUAUGAAAUAAUUAUGCACAGAGGAGCCUGUAUUCAAAUGGCAGCCAGUGCAUGGAUUGCUGGUCUACUUAAUGGCAUGUUACAGACUGGAGGAACUUUUGCCAUCACCUUUUGCUCCAAUAUAAUCGAUCAGUUCUUCUGUGAAAUACCACAGAUGCUCAAACUCUCCUGUUCAGACUUGUAUCUGGUGGAAGUUGGCUUGAUGAUACUCAGCUCUUUCCUUGCAUUAGGUUGCUUCAUCUACAUCAUUGUCAGCUAUGUGCGGAUUUUUGAAGAAGUGCUCAAAAUCCCUUCUGUGCAUGGCCAAAAAAAAGCCAUCUCCACUUGCCUUCCCCACCUCACUGUGGUCUGCUUGCUUAUAUUUACUGGCAUCUUUGCCUAUUUGAGGCCUCAGAGUUACACUUCAUCUGACCUGAAUGUUAUUUCUGCAAUAAUUUAUGCUGUAGUCCCUCCCUUGCUCAAUCCGUUCAUUUAUAGCAUGAGAAACAAAGAAAUCAAGACUGCAUUGGCUGUUUCAUUGUAA